UACAAGUUCACAACAUCCGACAUCGUUUUUUUCCAGCUUCUUCUCGUGCCUCGUGGUCGUUCUGGGCCCCAAAAAUUCAUUCUUAGCUCAACCAACUCCUGCGAGAUCGAACCAAGUGGGUAACCAGACCCAACAAAUUAGAAAUCUGGGAUUUUCAUGUUUUGAGUUCUGGUGAUCUUUCGAGGUGGCUAUGGAGUUCAGGAAUUCAAAAGAGGUCCCUGUUUCCGCCUUGGAACUUCUGCUGCAAGCGGCGUCGCUGAUACCGAUUUUGUACUAUGUAUUGGGAUCUCUAUUCGUUUUGGUGGUAUUUUUGUAUAAUUUCUUGGAGUUUCAUUUUGUUAGAGAUCUCCUGCAUGGUUUUAGAGGGGAUCCUGUGUCCUUGACGUUCAAUUCGUUCUCGGAGAUCUAUGAAGGUGUUGUUUCCAAGUGCCGGAUUCUUCACGGAAGGUAUUUGGCUACGCCAUGGCUUUCAAGUCCACAUUUUCAGACUGCUUUUCUGAACUUCUUUGGAAGGCCUCCCUUUUUCAGCUACAGAAGGCAGCUAUUCCAUACACCUGAUGGUGGAACUGUAGCUUUGGAUUGGCUGAUGCAUUCUGAUGUUACGAGAGGGGCUUCCCACAUGAAUACCACCAUUUCUAAAGAUGAUAAAACCCCUAUUCUGGUAGUGAUCCCUGGAUUGACAAGUGAUUCUGCUUCAUCUUAUAUAAAGCAUCUUGUCUUCGUGAUGGCAAGUCACGGAUGGAAUGUUGUAGUUAGCAACCAUCGGGGAUUAGGUGGCAUUUCAAUAACUUCUGAUUGGUUCUAUAAUGCGGGAUGGACGGAAGAUAUUCGAAAAGUUAUCGAGUAUCUUCAUCAUGAAUAUCCAGAUGCCCCUCUAUUUGCUGUUGGAACUAGCAUUGGUGCCAAUAUUCUGGUGAAAUAUCUUGGAGAAGAUGGGGAGAAUACUCCUAUUGCUGGGGCUGUAGCUAUUUGCUCUCCUUGGGACCUUUUGAUCUGUGACAGGUUUAUUUCUCGCAGGCUUGUCCAGAAAUUCUAUGACAGAGCUCUUACAAUUGGCCUUCAAGGUUAUGCUGAACUACAUCAGAAUGUAUAUUCUAGGCUUGGAAACUGGGAAGGCAUAAAAAAGUCACGUUCUGUUCGCGACUUUGACAACUAUGCCACUUGUCUUAUUGGCAAAUUUGAGACUGUGGAUACAUAUUACAGGCGUUGUAGCAGUGCUAGCUUAGUAGGAUAUGUAUCAGUUCCACUGCUAUGCAUCAGUUCUUUGGAUGAUCCUGUAUGUACUAGGGAAGCUAUUCCUUGGGAUGAAUGCAGGGCAAAUAAAAACAUCGUACUAGCCACCACAAGGCAUGGAGGGCAUCUGGCAUUUUUUGAAGGGGUAACUGCAAAGCGCCUAUGGUGGGUAAGGGCUGUUGACGAAUUCCUCAGCGUCCUAUAUGACAGCCCAUUCAUGCAUAAACAAAAGAAGGCACAAUGUUUGGGCAUGCACAUUCCACAAGAAUCUUCAAUUGAUCAGGGACCUUAUGUAAAUGUAUUGCAAGAUGGGAUGGUAACCGCAGCAGGGAAUGAGCAGACAGUCAACAUGGUGGAGGAGUCAUUUGCUGAUCCAGUGGUUCAUUUCAAGCAAGAAGAAAUGGUCUUAGGUACAGAGCAGCAGCUUGAGAGGGAAAGCAAGACCGAUUCCAUACAUGACAAUGCUCAAUCUAGUGAACAAGAUAAAAUGAGUGACUCGGAUGUCAAAUGCAAUGAUGACAAAACUGUUCCUGUGGAAAGAUCCAUAGAUAAACUUUCAAGACAGAAUAGGAAAUCCAUGUGGUUGCUCGCAUACGUUGCCAUCAUGACAACAUGGCCACUGGUAGGUGCAACUCUCCUCAUUGUCUUCAGGAAGAAGAUCAAAAAUAUCCUACCAGCAACAUGGCUUAGAAAAUAGGUACAAACUCCAUUCUAGUUGUUAUUAGUGGACAUUAUAUGUCAUGCAUUCCAAAUUGGGAAAAAUUAUAUGGUGCAGCAGGGGCCAACAUGCGUGGCAGGAUUAAUCAUUCCUCAUCAGAUGAAAAUGAAACCAUUCUUGAGUAAUAAGAAAAGCCCGCUCAUUGAACUUGAUUCCUAUGAAUCAGGGAGAACAUUUUUUAUCGUUCAUAUCAUAAGUAUUGUAAGCAGCAUUUUCAGUAACAAUACUGUAAACCUUUCUAGUGUAUUCCUGUUCUGAAACCACCAAAGUUCAUUAACAUCUAAGUGUUUUAUAUAAUUUUA